GCUCGACCUUUUUACGAUUCUGGAGUCUUGAACAGGAUCAGCAUCCGAGAGGCUUGCCAAGGCACCAAGGCACAUGUAUUUACCCGUACCAACAACGCGUUGCCGUUUCCCGCAAACACCUAUAAGAAUCCACCUCUUCGGUAGUUCUACCCCAAGUUCUUAAAAAUACCCGUUACUUGGCGUUUCAACUCGGUGUUCUAUAGUAAGCCAGGGCUAGAGCAAGAAGAAGGAGAAGAAUGCAGCAGCUUAUUACUACCGCCGCUGUCUUGUCAGCCCUACUAGUUCAGUCCAGUACCGCGGCUGACGAUACCGCCUUUAUCACCGCCUCGCCUCACGCCGGUUCGGCCACCUCAGACCUUUUCCCUCCACGGAGCACCGCGGUCGAUUCAGCGCUUUUCCCGCCCGAGGAUGAAGUCGGUUUCCCUGGGCCAACUCCAACUGGUGUUGAGCCUGCAGCAAUUCAAACCGCAGCAGCAUACCCGUAUAAUCGAGGGCCAACGAAUCAGUUCCCGUUAGUUGCACCUCAGCCUUAUGGCCAGAGUGAGACAUCAGACAAAUUUGAUAUCACUAAAUAUUGGGGUAACCUGUCACCUUGGUAUUCCCUCUCUUCUGCCGACUAUGGUUUGCCAGAUACUAGCCCCCUCGCACCACCGGGCUGCAGUGUGACCCAGGUUCAUCUCCUAUACCGCCAUGGCGCCAGGUAUCCCACUUCCGGGGCUGCACCGGCUCAAUUCGCGGAGAAGAUCGCAAAUGCCACUAAGAAGGGACUCAAGGUGAAGGAUGAUCUGACUUUCUUGUCCGACUGGACAUAUAAGCUGGGCGGUGAGCUACUAUCGCCAUUCGGCAGGAGCCAGGAGUUUCUCCUUGGUAUCCAGCACCGCCAGCUCUACGGCCACCUGCUCAAUAACUUCACCGAGGCCGGUACUAUUCCCGUCUUCCGUACCGAAUCUCAGGAUCGCAUGGUCAAGACUACCGAAAACUUCGCGGCCGGCUUCUUCGGCGUACCCGAGUAUUUGGAUCAAGUGAGCAUUGAGAUUCUUGUCGAGGCACCUGGAGUAAACAACUCGGGUGCCCCCUACUAUGUUUGUGACAAUGCCGAUGUCUCCAGUCGAGGAUACAUUGGCAGCUCUCUAGCCGCAGAGUUCGCUAAGGAUGCUUUUAACGCCACCCUCGCUCGGCUAAACUCACAAGUCUCUGGUAUCGAGUUCACUCCUACAGAUAUCAUUUCGAUGCUCCAACUUUGCUCUUACGAGACCAACGCGCUCGGAUACUCCGCGUUCUGUGGACUAUUUAGCCAGGAAGAUUUCAUGAACUAUGAAUACUUCUAUGAUAUUUCCUUCUAUUACGACAAUGGACCAGGAUCUCCUGUCUCUGCUGCCCAGGGCAAGGGUUACCUACAAGAAUUCGUCGCGCGGUUCACGGGAGAAUAUCCCGAAGCUUGGUCUGCUCUGAACCAGACAUUCGACAAUUCGUCUACCUAUUUUCCCCUCAAUCAGUCCAUUUACGCCGAUGCCACUCACGAGGUUGUUGUGCUCGACACCCUUACCGCCUUCAACCUAACGGCCUUGUUCAAGGGACCACCUCUAAACCCCAAAGAGAACCGAAGAGAGAAUAGCUUUUCAUCUAGUAAGACUGUGCCGUUCGCGACCCACUUUACUGCCCAGGUUCUCGAAUGCUCAACCUACCAGCCCACCAAGCAGAUCAGGUUCAUUCUGAACGACGCCGUUAUCCCGGUCGCGGAAUCUUACCCCGGCUGCCCGGCCGACCCCCACGGGCUCUGUGCGUUCGAUAAUGUCGUCUCGGUGCUCAAGGACCGCAUCGACGAGAUCGACUUCGACUACGACUGCUUCGGCGACUACAAAGCCGAGGCCGGUGUCGACUACAACGGCAGAGCGCCGAAGAGCAGCUAGGAUGACAGGUCGCAGGCGCCCGGCAGCCUGCAGAACGGAGUGGUCACCGCUAUGGUCAAGAUUUUUCUGGUCUUGGGAACUAUCAUCGUGUUCUUUUUUCGAUGGUAGUCGGGGAAGUGGUUUUGAGAUGAGGUCUGCGUUGACGAUGGUAAUUACAUACACGAAUAAGUACCUAACCUAAGAUGACUCGUUUUUGGCCUUCUAGGGUUAUGUCAAAAAGAACCCUUCACGCAUUAUGAGCUCUUAUUCACCUAGAUAUUCAUCAUGAUAAUGAUAAAUCUUUACGAUAUUAC